GUCGCCGCCACUGAAUGCAUCCCGGCCGCUUGCUAAGCGGCUAGCGCCCACACCGCCGCAAUAUAAACCCGUCCUCAUCACACACACACACACACACAGAGUGUCUCUCUCUCCCUCUCUCUCCCCCCGAUCCAUCGUUGCUGCAUUUGCAUUUGCAUUCAGCACGAGGUCUACUGCGAGAGAUGGACAAUUCGGUGUCGGACCGGAGCUUCCUCAUCGACAGCGACGAGGAGGACGACGCCGCCGCCGCCGUCGAGGAUGGGAAGCGUCGCGGCCACGGCGGCGAUGAGUCGGACGACGGGUCGGACUCGUCGUCUUCGUGCGGUACCCCGCGGGUCGCCGCCGCCGGCGGUGGCGGUGGCGGCCGCGGCAGCCAGCCCAGCUCCUAUACGCAGCAGUGGCCUCAGAGCUACAGGCAGUCGAUUGACAUGUACAGUAGCGUGCAAUCCCCGAACCUGAGCUUCCUGGGCACUCCGACGCUGAGCCGUCUAUCAAACUCAUUCCUGACCGCCUCGUUCCGGGGAAAGCCGCCGGAGAUCAUCUCCGGGCUCAUCAAGCCACUGCUGCCGACGACGGCGGCGGCCGACGACGAAGGUGACCGCCGGCAACAGCAGCACGAAGAUGGCCGGAAGAGCUCGCAGUACCUCCUGCCGCCGAGGAGGCCGUCGUCUCUGCAGAAGAUCCCCGAGGAUCAGAAGCCGCUGGUGGUUGGACACCACGAGGUUGGGCCCUACCGGCAGUGCACCUACACUCAGGGCGUCUUGAACGGAGUGAAUGUCCUGUGUGGUGUGGGGGUCCUAUCAACGCCUUAUGCUGUCAAGCAAGGUGGCUGGCUUGGGCUGAUUAUAUUGGCUCUGUUGGCUGUGUUGGCAUGGUACACCGGCAUCCUGCUGAAACGCUGCCUGGACAGCAAGGAAGGCCUUGAGACCUACCCGGACAUUGGCCACGCAGCUUUCGGCACCACCGGUCGCAUCGUCAUCUCGGUAAUUCUAUACAUGGAACUGUUUGCCUGUUGCAUUGAGUAUCUGAUAUUAGAGAGUGAUAAUUUGUCAAAGUUGUUCCCCAAUGCACACCUGACCAUUGGGACAUUUACAAUAAAUGCGCAUAUAUUAUUCGCAAUCCUGACUACUCUGAUUGUCAUGCCAACAACUUGGCUUCGCGAUCUCAGCUGUCUAAGCUUCAUUUCAGCUGGAGGAGUGAUUGCAUCUAUAGUCAUUGUUGCUUGCCUGUUCUGGGUUGGACUUGUUGAUCACAUUGAGGCCAAGGAUGAAGGGACAGCACUGAAUCUCCCAGGAAUUCCCAUUGCCGUUGGGUUGUAUGGCUACUGCUACUCAGGUCAUGGAGUGUUCCCUAACAUCUACUCUUCCAUGAAGAAACGCAGCCAGUUCCCUGCUGUUAUUUUCACCUGCAUUGCAUUAUCUACUGUUUUGUUUGCUGGUGCUGCAAUUAUGGGAUACAUAAUGUUUGGUGAAUCAACAGAAUCUCAGUUCACAUUGAACUUGCCAUCUAAUCUGGUAGCUUCCAAGAUUGCCGUCUGGACAACGGUGACAAAUCCAAUAACUAAAUAUGCACUGACCAUGACUCCUCUUGCCCUUAGUAUGGAGGAGUUGCUACCUCCUAAUCGACAGACAUACUCAAACAUAGUCAUGCUUAGAUCAGCACUUGUGCUAUCUUCCCUCAUUGUGGCUCUCUCUGUUCCAUUCUUCGGACUUGUUAUGUCACUAGUUGGGUCCUUCCUCACCAUGUUUGUGGCGUAUAUUCUACCAUGUGCAUGCUUCUUGGCAAUCCUUAGGAGAACAGUGACUUGGUAUCAGGUACUGCUAUGUGUAUUCAUCAUUGUUGUUGGGCUCUGCUGUGCUGGUGUGGGCACAUACUCAUCUUUAUCUAAGAUAAUCCAAAACUACAAGUGAAUGCAUGCUUUUCUAGCAUCAUUGUUUCUACUAGAAGAAAUGUUUUCUGCAAGUUUCAUGUAAAGUUAUAUAUAUAUUUAUAUAGUAUGUAAUCUCAAAGGUGUAUUAGUCUGAGGUGCUUUGCAAAAGGGAGGACAUUAGGGUGAACCCACCUUGGUUUUCUUUGUGUAAGUUUUGUUAGUCAUGGUAAGGUUGGCAUAUUCAAUUUUGACAUGCAUCAUUUUUUGGUAUCCAUGACUGUCCAUUUCGUGUGUGUCA